AUGGCCGAUGCUCAGCCGUUCGUUGUGACUGUAGGUCCCGUGGGCACCGCGGACGGAUCUUCUCAGGUUCGCUUAGGUGGCACAUGUGUCUUGUGUGGAAUUAAAGCAGAAUUGACAACUCCUGCAGUAUGUCGGCCUGAUGAAGGUUAUCUCGUGGCGAAUGUGAAUUUAUCACCAAUGUGUUCAUCAUCGUUCCGUACUGGACCCCCUAGUGAAGAGGCUCAAUCCCUGAGUCAGUGGUUACAUGAUGUCUGGACUGAAUGCGAAUUGCUGGACGUGAAACAGUUGUGCAUCUCACCUGGCAAGCUAUGUUGGGUAUUGUAUGCGGACAUAACAUGUCUGAAUUACGAUGGCAGUCUUCAGCAGGCAUGUUUAGCUGCUUUGGUAACAGCUUUGAGGAAUCUGCGCUUGCCAAGCGUUGAGAUAUCAGAGGAAACGCAGCGCGUCGUCCGCUCGUCAGAUUUAUCCCAGCCUGUCAGAUUGAAGUGUAUACCAACGGCUGUAUCCUUUGCUGUGGAGAGUGAUAAGAUGGUGCGCUCACCAUGUCGUGAAGAGGAGAGAAUAGCCUCAGCUCUCGUCAAUAUGGUUGCAAUAGAUCAAGAGAGACUCUGUGCUAUCACAAAGCAAGGUGGAAAGUCAAUCAACCAGUCAAUCUUGCGUCAGUGCUAUCAGCAGGCAUUAGCACAUGGUGAGGAAAUACGUAGAACAAUCAAUGAGGCAUGUAGCCAAGCAUAG